CAAGUGUUGGAACUGUUGGUGCAAUUGAGUGAUGAGUUAGCCAAGUCAUCGAGUUCUCGGUUCACCGACAGUAAGAAAUACGAACCGGAAUUCGAGAAGUGUUUCCAAAUCAUUGAGAGAAGAAGUGGAGAGAUAUGUAAUGCAUGUGUUCUUCUGGUAAAGCGCUGGAAGAAGUUGCCAUCGAAUACGACCCGCAAUUGGCAUCACGUGGUGGACGCCAGGGCUGGACCCGGAACUAAGUCCAUUAAAUCAAAACUCAGUUGCAUUAGUGAUAAUGGCAUCCCAAGUACAACCACAUCAUUGGAUCAGAUGAGUCACGGCUCAAACUCUCGCAAACCUCAUGUCAACUCUCAUCGGAAGCCAAAGAUUGUCGACAAUUAUAAUACGAAAGGCACUGGACGUCUAAAUGUAGUAACAAAUCAAAUCCCGAGUCCCGACGCCUCGGAUAUGUCUGAUUUGGACGAUGACAUUGACGAAGACAUGGAUGACUUGGAGGAGGAAAUAGAAGUGCAAAAGAUUACGAAGAAGGAAGUGAGUGGUUGUGGCAAACAAUCCAAAGCCGCAGACAAACGCAACAGUGAUUGCGAGUCCCCCACAAACAAUGCCAUCACUUCCUUCUUAGACAUGUCUUUCUGGAAAAAAGAGAAGAUCUGUUGCGGCAUUAUAUUCAAAGGGCCCGACAAUGAGGUCCUAAUCUACCCGAAACUUCUUGAGCCGUGUUGUUGUCGUCGUCAGAGAUCACAUGUAAUAAAACCCAAAUUGUCAACCAUUGUGAACAGUGGUAGCAGUGAUAGCGGUUCUGUGGGCUCUUCAUCGGUUACUGAAGAGGAUGCCAACAGUAACGCCAGUUCUGGCAAUAUAUCACUCAUUUAACAUAUAUUAAGCAUAGGAUUCAAUACUAUUUCACAUUAAUAUGGGUUUUAUUUAUUAAAGAGAUUAGAAUUAUGUUAAUUAAUAAAUGAAUUGAUUUGUAGCCACACUGUCCUCAUGUCAAGUCUUCAGAGAGUUUGGUUUGGGUUUAUCAUAGACUUGUCUAGACUUGCAAUGUAUGCUAUGAAUCGUUAUAUAAUACCGAAACACUCAUUGUGUUCAUCAAUUAGAUGUCAUACUAUGAUGUGGACCUCAAUGUCUUAUCAAUUGAUAGAUUUUGUCUCAACUCAAACCACACAUUCACUAAACCAUUAGAAACACUGCCAUUAAAGCAAUUUUGUAAAUAUUAGUUAAAAGCGAGUUCACUGUCAUAUACUUCGGCCUUAAGUUUCUUAUUUAUUGUUAUUUUGGCGACAAUAUAAUUAUUGAAUUAUUUGUUUGCUAUGUCUCUGAGGUAUAGACUCUGAACUCGGUUUAAAUUAUAUAAACAAAUACAGUAUAACUAUUAUAUGAAUACAUGUUAUGAAAUAAGUUAAUUAUUAUAAGAUAUUAUAUAAUACAAUCUAUUAUACAAUUAUAACUCUAUACAGACUAUUAAUAUAAAUGAGAAACAAUGACUUGAAUGUAAAUGACAUGAAGUCAGACUCAUAUCCCGGUGUAUCGACUGAUUGACUGAUUGACUGAAUGAGCUCUAAGUCCAUGAAAGACUGUGUUCUGUGCGUCCAUUGAGUGGCCACUGGAGUCACUGAAUGGUCGCCCGGAUCUCGAAUGUGAUGGAAAUUGUGAAAUGUGUUAAUCAUUAUUACAUAGAUUUUGUUUUAUUUAUUUUAGAAGUUAUAUCAAUAUUUACACGAAUAUUCAUAUUUAGAUAAUUAGACAAUUUGUGCGCAACUGAUCUCUUGACCACUA